CACCACGCCAGCCUGGUCAUGAGCCAGGACCCCUACAAAGUGACCACGUUCGAGAAGCGCCACGCCGUGGCCAUGCAGUGGCUGUGGAGGGACAGCGGCAUCCGGGCCUGCUACGAGCGCCGGCGUGAGUUUCACCUGCUCGACUCGGCCNNNNGCUACCUGUCGCACCUGGAGCGCAUCACCGAGGAGGGCUACAUCCCCACGGCCCAGGACGUGCUUCGCAGCCGCAUGCCCACCACGGGCAUCAAUGAGUACUGCUUCUCCGUGCAGAAGACCAACCUGCGGAUCGUGGACGUCGGGGGCCAGAAGUCGGAGCGGAAGAAGUGGAUUCACUGCUUUGAGAACGUGAUCGCACUCAUCUACCUGGCCUCUCUGAGCGAGUACGACCAGUGUCUCGAGGAGAACAACCGAGAGGUGAGGGCCGCCGGGAAGGGCGCUGACCCCCCUCCCCACGCCCUUCCCGCAGGCCCCAAGCAGGACGCGGAGGCGGCCAAGAGGUUCAUCCUGGACAUGUACACCCGCAUGUACGCCAGCUGCGCCGACGGCCCCGACGGCGGCAAGAAGGGCGCGCGCUCCCGCCGCCUGUUCAGCCACUACACGUGCGCCACGGACACGCAGAACAUCCGCAAGGUCUUCAAGGACGUGCGGGACUCGGUGCUCGCCCGCUACCUGGACGAGAUCAACCU